UGGAACCUUAUAUCUCUUUUAAUAUCCUUCCAACUACUUCCCUAUCCUCAUACUGGUGCCAACAUUGCAAAUUGUAUUAAGACUGUAACCGAUGACUACUUAAUUACUACAAAGCUACAAACUAUUACCCUUGACAAUGCAAGUUCGAAUGAUGUUGCAAUCCGUGAACUAAUUAAUUCUGCUUCGCAGGAUUUAAUUAAUAUCAAAAAAGAACUUUUUCAUAAUCGCUGUCUUGCUCACAUCCUGAACCUUAUUGUGAAAGAUGGAUUAAAGGAAAUUUCAGAGGCGAUUAUAAAGAUUCGCAGCUGUAUUAAGGCAAUACAUACAACACCAAGGUGGCGUCAAAUGUUUUUAGAUGUUUGUGAAUAUGAGUCCGUCAAAGCUACAAUCCCGCCUUUAGAUU